ACGUCCACUGAGUACUCCGGAAAAGAAACGACUGAGAAAGAGGAAGGGAGAAAAACUGGAAAGUCGGAAGUGUCAAAUUCGCUGAUUUCGAGAAAAUUUCCAGCCGAUAACUUCUGUCAGUUUGCUAACCGAGAUUCUACAGCGUCUUCUCCUCCCCCACUUGGACCGUCAUCGAAAAAGACAAAAGCUGGCAGAAGUAGAAGCUUCGACGCCGCUCCAGGCAAUACGAUGACAGAGGAAGAGAUUAUAUAA